AUGCCUCCCAGAUUAGAGGCGCUGCAGCGCCUCGGCACCGUCAGCCUGUGCCUACGGCCAGCGACGCGGCCAUCGCCUCCCAACUUCCUCCCCGUCGUCCAGACGGCCAACCUGUCGAUGCGCGAGAAGAAGCGCAAGGCCAAGCAGGACCCGUACAAGUGGGCGCAGGCGCAGCAGCGCAAGAACGCCAACCUCAAGCGGCGGGAGGAGCUGCAGAAGCAGCGCGACGCGGCCUGGGGCGACCCCGUAUGGGGCACGACGACGCCCUUCCUCGAGUCGCUCGACGCGGCCGGCCAGGACAAGGACAGCGCCAGCGGGGUGCCGCGCGACGCGAGCGGCAACCUGCUCGGCAAGCCGCGCGACCUGCCCACCGCCCCGGGCCUGCGCAACCACUUCCUCACCGACGCCGAGCUCGACGACGCCGCGAGGCACGCCUACGCCCUGACCAAGCCCAUGGUCGGCGUCGUCGAGUCCCAGAUGGACCCGGCCACCGAGGAGGAGCGGAAGAAGCUGCACGACCAGAAGCACUACAAGGCCCUCGACGCCCUGCGGAGGAUAACGUCGCUCCGCAACGGCAGCGCCCGGGACCGCUUCCACGCAAACGUCCGGCGCAUCAUCGACGAGUUUGGCCGCCACAAGACGGACAAGUUCCUCGCGCCCAAGCCGCAGUCCAUCUCGCCAAACACCACCCCCAUGCCCGGCCGGUCGGGCCCCGACACCGGCAGCUCCGAGGUGCAAAUCGCGAUCCUGACCGCCAAGAUCAGGGCACUGGGCAAGGCCCUCGAGACCAACAGGGGCUACAAGGACGUACACAACAAGAGGAAUCUGAGACUGUUGUUGCACCGCCGCCAGAAGCUGCUCGCAUACAUGGAGCGCAAGGAGCGCGGGAGCGAGAGGUGGACACACAUGCUGGAGAAGCUGGGGCUGACGCCCGCCACGUGGAAGGGCCAAAUCGACCUGUAG